CUUUCAAUAAGUACCUCUCCAUGCAGCUAUGUAUUCUUAUUCGUUUGAUUCCAUAUCCCUUCUGAUGGCAUCCUCUGUUCAGAAACUAUUGCUUGUAAUCUAUUUCUUUGUCUUCCUCUCAAUUUAUCUUCUCUCCCCAACUUCUUCCUUAGCUGCUACUAUAGCAGGAGAUCAAGAAAUAGAGGCAGCGAAAGAAGCAAAGGCUCUUCUAAAAUGGAAAAGUAGUCUUUAUAACCAAAGCCAAUCUAUUCUGUCUUCAUGGAAUGGAAGCAAUCCUUGCAAUUGGGUUGGAAUUGCUUGUAACAAUGAUGGCAGCGUCACCAACAUAAGCCUGGGAAAUUAUAGUUUAAAAGGUACACUUCAUUUUUUCAACUUCUGGUCUUUUCCCAACUUAAUUAGAUUGGAGCUUCGUGAAAACUUACUCUUUGGAACCAUUCCCUCAUAUAUUGGUAAUCUUUCCAAACUCUCCUUCCUUGAUUUGGCUUACAAUGGUCUUUCUGGCAGUAUUCCAUCAGAACUAAGCUUCUUGUCAAGUCUUGGCCAUAUUUCCUUGGAUCAUAACAAUAUAAGUAGCACCAUCCCCCAAGAAAUAGGGAAGUUGAGAUCACUUUCUCAACUCAUUUUGCAUGAAAACAAACUUAUAGGUAAUAUCCCUUCUUCUAUAGGGAAUUUGAGCAACUUGGUUAAUCUCUAUCUCGGUGACAAUGAACUCUCUGGCUCCAUACCUGAAGAAUUAGGGAUGCUAAGAGCUCUUGACUUGUUUGAUUUAGCAAGGAACCAUCUUACUGGUACCAUCCCUUCUUCCAUAGGUAACAUGACCAAGUUAUCAUUUCUUUACCUCUUUAGCAACGAACUCUCUGGUCCCAUUCCUGCAGAGUUAGGAAUGCUUAGAUCUCUCCAUCAGCUUCAACUGUGGAAUAAUAGUCUCACUGGUAAAAUUCCUGAUUCCAUAGGAAACUUAAGCAACAUGGACCGACUUCACCUUUUUAUGAACGAGCUUUCUGGUCCGAUUCCUUCAGGAAUAAACAACAUUACCCAUUUCAAAAGUUUUCAAUUAGCUGAGAAUGAAUUGACUGGAAAUUUACCGGAAAACAUAUGCCUUGGUGGAUUGCUUGAGAUACUCACUGUAGAAAACAACCAUUUUUCGGGCCCCAUACCAAAGACAUUGAAAAAUUGCACCAGCUUAAUAAGAGUUAAGCUUGAACGAAAUCAACUCAGUGGAAACAUAGCUGAAGGUUUUGGCAUGCAUCCAAACUUGAAUUACAUUGAUUUAAGUUAUAACCAAUUGUUUGGAGAGCUAUCUGACAACUGGGGACAAUGCCACAAUUUGACAAGCUUGAAAUCUUCCAAUAAUAACAUCUCUGGUCAAAUAUCACCUAACCUUGGGGAAGCACGUCAGCUACAAAUACUUGACCUCUCCUUCAAUCAUCUAACAGGGGAGAUUCCAAAGGAACUUGGAAGGUUGACAUCAUUGACCAUCCUUUUGCUUGAUUAUAACCAGUUAUCAGGUAGAAUUCCCCCGGAAAUUCAGAUGCUAUCUGAUUUGCGAAGCCUUAGCCUCGCAGCAAACGGUAUGAGUGCUUCAAUUCCCAGUCAACUAGGACAAUGCUCGAAUCUAAUUUACUUGAAUUUAAGUAGGAACAAAUUUAAUGAAGAUAUCCCCUCUGAGAUUGGCAAAUUGCAAUUCCUGCAAAUUGUAGAUCUUAGUCAUAACAUUUUGGCAGGAAAGCUACCGUCUCAGCUUUCACAACUGCAACGAUUGGAAACAUUAGAUCUUUCCCACAACAGAAUUUUUGGUUCUAUUCCAUCUACUUUUGACAACAUGUUGAGUUUGACAUCUGUUGAUAUAUCCUAUAAUCAGUUUGAAGGUCGUCUUCCAAAUUCUAAAGCCUUUAGCGAGGCUCCAUUUGAAUCAUUGAGAAAUAACAAGGACUUGUGUGGAGAUUCCCCUGGUUUGAACCCUUGCCCAUCGACAAGCCAAAAUCCUCGAGGAAGAAAGGGGAACAGAGUCCUAUUGAUCUUAGUUCUCCUCUUCGGCAGUCUAGCUCUUUUAUUUAUCAUAGUUGUAAUAUCGUUAUUUCUUUGGAAAAGACUUAGGGACAAAGAAAAUGAAUCAAGAGAAGAGCAGAUCACAAUAUGGUGCUAUGAUCGAAAACUGGAGCAUUCCGACAUCUCUAAAGCAACCGAAGGAUUUGACUCAAAACAUUGUAUUGGAGUAGGAGGAUUUGGAAGUGUAUACAAAGCUGAGCUGCCAACAGGUCAAGUCCUUGCCAUUAAGAAACUCCACACACCACUAGAAGCUGGGAUGACCAUUCUAAAAGCUUUUACAAGUGAGGUUCAUGUGCUAGCUAAUAUACGGCAUCGCAACAUUGCGAAGCUUUAUGGUUUUUGUUGGCAUCCACAAUACUGUUUUUUGGCUUAUGAGUUCUUUGAAGGUGGGAGCUUGGCAAUGUUGCUAAGCAGUGAGGAAAAAGCAAUGAAGUUCGAUUGGAUCAAAAGGAUAAAUGUUAUAAAAGGUGUGUCAUAUGCCUUAUCCUAUAUGCAUCACGAUUGCUCCGCUCCGAUUGUCCACCGGGACAUAUCAAGCAAAAAUGUUCUACUGGACAUGGAAUACGAGGCUCACAUCUCUGACUUUGGCACUGCCAGGCUUCUAAAACCUGACUCAUCCAACUGGACUUCUUUUGCUGGCACCUUUGGAUACUCAGCCCCAGAGCUUGCAUAUACAAUGGCAGUGAAUGAAAAAUGUGAUGUUUAUAGCUUCGGAGUGGUGGCACUAGAAAUAAUAAUGGGGAGACAUCCAGGUGAUCUAAUUUCAUCUCUAUCAUCCUCAACUUACCAUCAUUUGCUAUUAAAGGAUCUCCUGGACCAGCGAAUCUCACCUCCAGCAAAUCAAAUGGUGGCAAAUAUUGUCUUCCUCAUCAAGGCAGUUUUCUUAUGCUUGCAUAGCAAUCCAGAAUCCCGGCCAACCAUGCAACAAGUUUCUCAAUAUCUAUCAAUUCCGCGACCAGAUUUCCUGGAGCAAUUCCAUAUGUUGACAUUAGGGGAGGUGCUUGGUCUUGAAGCUGAAGCCGCAACUCCCUGAAUGUUGGCUACAAUUAGCCAAUAAUUAUAAGGAAUCGUCCGGUGAGAAACUUAUCUAUGUGUUUUUCUGGAAUGAUAUUACUUCCAGUGUGCAAUGUUUAGAUUCUAAAAUCAGACUCCAAAAUAAUUCCGGUGAAAAACCCAAGCUGAAAUUGAGGUGUUUCAAGAGUUUGGCACAGCUGGGCUUGUGAAUCUGAAGCCUGACUCACCUCUUUGGCUUCCUAUUUGCUGGUUGCGUUAGAUACAUCUUGUGACCUGGUUUCAUUCUGUGCUCUCAUUUUACUAAUUCAUUACCCUGCGUUUUCACCAGCAACCUAUAUACGUGCCAUUGCCAUGCUCUGCAAUCGUAUUUUGUACCUUGGUUUGAUCCAAUGUAGCAAGGCAACGCCAGG